UGCAGACUAGGCAGCCAUGUCUGCCAAGGCCAUCUCAGAGCAGACCGGGAAGGAGUUCCUGUACAAGUACAUCUGCACGUCCUCGGCCAUCCAGAACCGCUUCAAGUACGCGCGGGUCACGGCCGACACCGACUGGGCCCGGCUCACGCAGGAGCACCCCUGGCUGCUGAGCGAGCGCCUCGUGGUGAAGCCAGAUCAGCUAAUAAAGCGGCGUGGGAAGCUUGGGCUGGUUGGAAUCAACCUCACUCUGGAUGAGGUGAAAGUUUGGCUGAAACAGCGCCUGGGCCACGAAACCACGAUUGCUAAUGCUAAGGGAAUCCUGAAGAAUUUCUUGAUUGAGCCCUUCGUCCCCCACAAACAGGAGGAAGAGUUCUACGUGUGCAUAUACGCUGCCCGCGAGGGAGACUAUGUCCUUUUCCACCACGAAGGAGGUGUGGACGUGGGAGACGUCGAUGCCAAAGCGCAGAAGUUGCUCGUGGGGGUGGACGAAAAGCUGAGCGAAUCGGAUAUAAAGAAACAUCUCCUGCAGCAUGCACCAGCAAAUAAAAAAGAUAUCUUGGCUAGCUUCAUCUCUGGACUGUUCAACCUUUAUGAAGAUCUGUAUUUCACAUACCUUGAGAUCAAUCCAUUAGUAGUAACCGACGAUGGUGUCUACAUCCUCGACCUGGCCGCAAAGAUCGACGCGACUGCCGACUACAUCUGCAAAGUGAAGUGGGGAGAUGUGGAAUUCCCUCCUCCCUUUGGCCGGGAAGCUUAUCCAGAGGAAGCCUACAUUGCGGAUCUGGAUGCCAAGAGCGGAGCCAGCCUGAAACUUACUAUUCUCAAUCCCAAAGGCAGGAUCUGGACCAUGGUGGCUGGUGGCGGCGCCUCUGUGGUUUACAGUGACACCAUUUGUGACCUGGGGGGUGUGAAUGAACUGGCAAACUAUGGUGAAUACUCGGGAGCCCCAAGUGAGCAACAAACUUACGACUAUGCUAAGACUAUUCUCUCCCUCAUGACCCGAGAGAAACACCCCGAAGGUAAAAUCCUGAUCAUUGGAGGCAGCAUUGCUAACUUCACCAAUGUGGCAGCCACUUUUAAAGGCAUUGUGAGAGCAAUUAAAGACUAUCAAGGCCCUCUGAAGGAGCAUGAGGUGAGGAUCUUUGUGCGAAGGGGAGGUCCGAACUACCAGGAAGGACUGCGUGUCAUGGGAGAAGUGG